GUGAAAUCUAUGGGUGAAAUCUACCCGAAUUUGUCCAAUCAGAGCACAGCUUUGACCUAGUUCGCCCAGAGAGCUCGCCUACAAGACCGUCGGACGUGUAAACUCAUAGAGUUGAGGAACUACCAGGCGAAAAAUAUAAGUGGUGGACGAAGGCUGCACAAAUCAUGUAGGCCUACUUGAGUAAAAGAACAAAGGUUCAGAGUGUGUAUAUAUGUGUGUGUAAGAGAGAGGGGGUAGGCUUCAUUAGGAGCAGCUAUGGGUGAGAUUGAGGGCACCUUCCGGGCCCUGCAGACCCCUGGCACACGACUUGGGGCUCAGUUCAACACCGGUAUUAGCACUCUGGAGCCCGGGCAGAGCCUCUACUUGUAUAUGGGUGCAGGAGGUAAAGGCUACAGCAAAGGCUUGCAGAUUCGUGUCCAGGGCCUGGAUGGUGCUCAGGAAUUCUUUGAGCUUGAGUCAAAGGCGGAUGGCCAAACUCUUUUAUCUGAAGUGUUCCAACGGAUCAAUCUCAUCGAGAGCGAUUACUUUGGUCUUGAGUUCCAGAACCUGCAGAUGAACUGGGUUUGGAUUGAGCCCACCAAGCUCCUAGUGAAACAAGUCAGAAGGCCAAUGAAUACACUGUUUCGGUUGUCAGUGAAAUUCUUUCCUCCAGAUCCUGGUCAGCUUCAGGAGGAGUUUACUAGGUACCUGUUUUCCCUGCAAAUCAAGAAAGAUCUAAUAUACGGCAGACUGAACUGUACAGAAAAUACUGCCGCUCUGCUUGCUUCUCAUUUGGUGCAAUCGGAGAUUGGUGACUAUGAUGACUUGGCAGACAGGGAGUUUCUAAAGAUGAAUAAAUUGCUGCCGUAUCAGGACCGUGUACAAGAGAAGAUCAUGGAACUCCACUGCAAACUAACGGGGCAGACACCAGCAGAAUCAGAUUUUCAGGUUCUAGAGAUUGCUCGUAAACUGGAAAUGUAUGGGGUCCGCUUCCAUUCUGCCGCUGACCGGGAAGGCACCAAGAUCAAUCUGGCUGUAGUUCACAUGGGCCUACAGGUCUUUCAGGGCCACACAAAAAUCAACACCUUUAACUGGUCCAAAAUUCGGAAGAUAAGCUUUAAGAGGAAAAGAUUUCUAAUUAAACUUCACCCAGAAGUUCAUGGACCUCAUCAGGAUACGCUGGAGUUUCUGAUGGCCAGUCGGGAUCACUGUAAGAUUUUCUGGAAGAACUGUGUGGAGCAUCACUCAUUUUUCCGUCUGUUAGAUCAGCCUCAGCCUAAAUCUAAAGCAGUUUUCUUUAGCAGAGGGUCUUCAUUUAGAUACAGUGGGAGGACACAAAAACAGUUGGUUGAGUAUGUGAGGGGAAGUGGCUUGAGAAGAACUACCUACCAGAGGAGGAACAGUAAGAUUCGCACGUCGGCUCGUUUCUUAGCUUCUGAUGUACCAAAACAGAAUCUGUCUAUCAAUGAUAGUUUGAAGGCCCCAGUAUCUCCUUCCUCUGCCACCGCCUCUUUUCACUCCCUACAUUCCCACAGCUCACCCAUUCGGGCAGAGACCCUCAACCAGCUCCAGCAUCUCCAGCAGAUGCAGCAGUCUGCUAGAGUUCCCAGUCCCAUACAGCAGGACUCCAUCAAGAUCAACUCUCAAUUCACCUACACCUUCCCAGAUUCUGCUACUGAUAGUGCACAGCUGUCCUCCUUCAAUGCCAAGGGCCCGCUCUGUCUGUCACCCUCUUUCCAGAUGUCCACCCUCAGUCUUCCUGGGCAAGCACCCUCCCCCCUGCAGAGCCCCAUUCUGUAUGAGGCGGGCAAUACCAGACUAGAGGAAGAGGGAAGGAGGAAGCAAUAUCCUACAGAUAAAGCCUACUUCAUCGCUAAAGAGAUUCUAAUGACAGAGCGGACAUACCUGAAGGAUCUAGAAGUCAUCACAGUGUGGUUCCGCAGUGCAGUGAUUAAAGAAAACGCAAUGCCUGAGGAUCUCAUGACCCUCCUGUUCUCUAACAUCGACCCCAUCUAUGAGUUUCAUAGAGGCUUCCUCAAAGAGAUCGAACAAAGGCUUGCUCUAUGGGAGGGGGGAUCCAAUGCUCACUUAAAAGGAGAUUGUCAGCGAAUUGGAGAUGUAAUGCUUCGUAACAUGUGUGCCCUGAAGGAGUUCACAGGCUAUUUGCAAAAGCAUGAUGAGGUGUUAACCGAGCUUGAGAAGGCAACGAAGGGCGUGAAAAAACUAGAGACUGUGUAUAAAGAGUUUGAGCUGAAGAAAGUUUGCUACCUGCCUCUUAACACCUUCCUCUUGAAGCCCAUCCACAGACUCAUGCACUACAAACUUAUACUGGAGCGCCUGUGUAAGCAUUAUGCCCCCCAGCACGCAGACUAUGACAACUGCAAAGAGGCCCUUAAGGAGGUUGCAAAAAUUGCAACUCCGUUACAGAGCAGUCUGAUUCGACUGGAGAACUUCCAGAAGCUAACAGAACUUCAGAGGGAUUUAAUAGGCAUUGAGAACCUUACAGCUCCAGGAAGAGAAUUCAUCAGGGAAGGUUGUCUCUACAAGCUCACCAAGAAGGGUCUACAGCAGAGAAUGUUUUUUAUUUUUUCAGACAUGCUGCUUUACACAAGCAAAGGGGUGACAGCGACCAAUCAGUUCAAAGUUCAUGGAAAGCUUCCUUUGCAUGGGAUGAUUCUUAUUGUGUUGGACGCUCCGGUGGAGGAAAGCAAGAAUGAGUGGUCUGUUCCACAUUGCUUGACCAUAUACUCUGCUCAGAGAACCAUUGUGGUUGCAGCUAGUUCCAAAGUAGAGAUGAACAAAUGGAUCGAAGAUCUAAACAUUGCAAUUGACAUGUCAAAGAAGUCUCAGGAGAAAUCAGAUCUUCUGUUGGACCCCAGCUUGUGCGACCGGUCCAACAGGUCAUCAGAUGAGGUGUCGCUGGAGCAGGAGUCAGAGGAUGACAACUCCUCCCGAUGCUCUCUGGAUAAGCAAAGCCAUCACAGGGCCAACACCACCAUGCAUGUGUGCUGGCACCACAACACCAGCGUCUCCAUGUCUGACCACAAUCUAGCCGUGGAGAACCAGCUUUCUGGCUACCUCCUGAGGAAAUUUAAGAACAGCAAUGGCUGGCAGAAACUCUGGGUCGUUUUCACCAACUUCUGCAUGUUCUUCUAUAAGACACACCAGGAUGACUUUCCUCUGGCCAGUCUGCCGUUGCUAGGUUACACAGUCAGCACCCCAGGGGAAUCAGAUAACAUCCAUAAGGAGUAUGUCUUCAAGCUGCAGUUCAAAUCUCAUGUUUACUUUUUCAGGGCAGAGAGCGAGUAUACAUUUGAAAGAUGGAUAGAGGUAAUCAAAAGCGCUACAAGCUCCACAGGAUGCAUAAGUCUGCUUGUACCCAAAGGCCCAGCAGAGAUGAACGAAGGGAGCUGAGUGUAUCAGACUUUACUCCUGGAUGGGGGGCUGGGCCCACUGUCUGCCAGGACCAAACAUUAUUACUCUAUUUUGUCUUUUUUGUUUUGUGGUUCUGAGAAGCAGCUUUGUCCAUAACUGAUUCUGGAUUUUGGAUGUCUGUUAGCUCUCUGCUUGCUGGGAUGCUAAGCUGCUUUUUGAAACCAUGGACCGAAAGAGUUGGUCUGAAAUUUUAGUUGCUCUGUAACUCUAUUUGUUCAUUUUUCUUUUAUUGCUGAUCUCCUAAUUUAAAUGGGUGUCUGCUACUUCUUGAACCAUUAGACUGAAAUAACUCUACUAGAACCAAAUUAGACUGAAAAUGUUAUGUUUGUGUGAUUUCUUUAAGAAUCCAGAAAGAAUUUGUUAAAAUAACACUUGGGUGUUAUUACUGUAUUCAGGUUUUUAUGGUCUUAAUUCUAAGACCAUAAAAAUUCUUUUUUUUUCAAUCAUGUCCUAUGACAACAGUGACUGAAUACUACUGAUGGGAGUGUUUACAUACAGAGGGGCUGUAUUAAGUCCAGUUGGUGCAGCAAGUGAGAUGAAAGACUGUAGUAAAAAGCAGUAAUGGUGGUCAGAGAACAUGUUUUCUGCCACAGGGAGUUGAGCUGGGAAUAGUUAUUUUUGAAUGACUCCACCCCUUUUUGAAUGGUUAAAGGAAAGAAAUGUUGAUACAAGAAGAAAUCUGAGAGAAAUAGAAAUGUUUCGACAAUGAGGCAGCAAUAUCAUUUAAUUGAAUUGGUUUGCACAUUAUGUUCUGUCCUCUUCCAGCAAAGCUCUGGUUUGUGUCAUAUAAUGGUCAAAGCUUAUCUUGAAGGUCAUUAUUUAGUGGAUGUUUAUGUUCUUGAGAAAUUAUCCUUUGCAUGUCUCUCAGCACUGAUUUUGUUGAAAUCUGAAAUGGUAUUUGUUUAAAAUACAAGCCUAAACAAGAAGUAAUUAACCAAGCAAAAGUUUUAAAUAAUGAAUUCAUAGUUGCACCAUCUCAUAUCACUAAUUUUGAAUAUUUGACAGAUAUAAGAAUAGAAAGUUUUCUUUUAUAUUGUCUUUUAUUAAGUUUCUGCCACCUAAUUACAGAGAAGAGGAAACGGCUGUAAUGGCAAAGUUUUAUGGAACAUCAAGGUUAAAGUUAUCAAAAAGCUAAAAGAAAUGACUAAACGGUUUUGCUGUGCUUUAUCAGCCCCAAAAUUCUAAAGUUCCGUUGGGAGCAAUGACCUAAGACUUGUUCUUGAAUUCCUGAAUCUUAAAUUCAGGAUUAUUUAUUGCAACAACAAUUACACUGCAUUUUAUGUUUUGUUUUGUUAACCAUUUAAUAGAUUGAGAUGUUAUUUCAUUACCCAUUGGUGAACAUGUAACAAAAACAGAGCCUCAUUUUGGUACAACCAAUAAUUUGUGUAAUCUCACUAUAAUGUCUUGCAGUCUUGUUUUGUUUGAGGGCCAACUGAGUUAUUCGUUUUAUCUUACUAGCAUAAAGAAGCAGUUCCACAGCAUUUGGGAAAGCAAUGUUGUUGUUUAUUAGCUUCAUUUAAUAAUCUUUAAAACCGAUGUUUACUUUGUCUGAUUUGGGGGACUUUCUGACUAUUUUUGGGUUAUUGAUUGUUUUUAUAAGGCUUUGUUUUUUACAUUUUGGCAUUGUCCCAUUGUCUCAUUUUUGCAUUGUCUACAUGCUGUAGAGCAGGGUUCGGCAAGUAACUUUGGCCGCGGGCCAAUAUUUUUUUAAGCCAGUAGAUGGCGGGCCAGCUGCUGUUCCCACACUUACGUGUCUUAUUUUGAAUUAGCCUAGUAUAGGCUAUCUGAUCUUUUGUCAAGAAACAUUGUCUUUAUUUCCUAUUUAAAAGACGAAAGACAGCAUUAAAAGUAGCUAAAAACAUGGUUAUGGAUCCGUGUAUCAUUCGUUUUUUCAAAUUAAAAACAAAAAUGAAAAAAUAACCACCACGGGUUUUCUGAUUGUGUGCUCAGAUCAAAAAUGAAUUACUGGAUUAGACAAAUAAAAACAUUUUAAACAGACCAAGUAGGCUACUAUAGUGGUAACAUAUUACAGGCAUUUAUGCUCUCAUGAAAGACUCUUACAGUCCAACUUUUGAACUUUAUUUCUUUUUUUAUUAAUAUUUAUACGGGACACACACAUACACACCUAAGGUUAAUGGAGGUCUGCGCUGGACUGUUUUUUUUUGUCCAGCUCCCACAAGAUUCUAUUCAGUAAACCGCUUAAAAUACACUUUGUGUUCACUUGCUUUAUUUCCCGACCUGACGGUUCCGCAAAACUUAACGUUAGAUCUCGUUUCCAGAAUCUCACAUUCAAAUGUCUCUAAAGAAAAGAGAGAGAUGAAGUAACCUAUAACAAUUAUAAAUGCUAUACCAAAAUUGUGUUCGUGCCAAUAUAAAUAUUAUAUUAACAUUGUACUGUCAGCAGAGAAAAAAAAAAGAAAUAUAAAUAAUAAAUUAAAAAGGACAAAGCCUCUCAGUCAAAUUUCUUACCAGCAUAAACCGAAACCAUUGUUGGUUGCAGAGUUGCUGUUCAAACAAAUUGCUCCUUUGCCAAAUGUAUAGCGUAUUAAACGGAUGCAAAGAUCAAAGAACUAUGCGUUAGGAAAAUUAAUAAUGGCUUUAUUUUAAUAGACAUGUAAAACCAUAUUUUGGCGGAUUACUUUAAUUUUUUAACGAAUUUGCCUGCCCAUUUAGUCUUAAUAAUUAACGGUAAACGAACUUGACUUGCAGUUCUCGAAGGCAGGUCGGACCUUAAGGUCGGGCUCGAGCCCCAAGUUAAGUAACAGAACAGAAGAGAAAAAAGAGUAGUGAAUGAGACGAUGAGAAGAAGGAGUUGCAGCUAUGCGCCCAGGCAUGGAGACUCCCGUUUACCAUAUGUUUUUAAUAGUGACACAGGACUGUUUCCUUUCAAAUCUACGUUAAAAGUGAACUAGUUAAAAUAUUACUGCAGUAAAAGAGUUAAUUUUGUAUCAUAUUUUGUUGUGGUUUCUAAAAGCCUGCAGUCAUUUGCGAUGUCAAGGAGUUUAAUGUCUUCACGCGUGACCCAUUGACAUGAUUUGCAAGGUAAAUUUGCAAAUGAUUCAUGAAUUCAUACCUUUGCAAUUAUUAUAGUUAUGAUCGCGGAUGCGCUGGUAGAGAAAGAGAACGAGAAACAGCGGCCCGUUAAGAUUAAACUAUUACGUAGCUAUUAUACGCAUUUUUGGGCUAGACCUCUGGGCUAGAGGAAGAGUUUUGUGCAGCAUUUAAUGCAAAUAUUUUUUUUAUCUAAUACAUAUUAUUUAUCAGUGUGUUAUACGCGAAAAAUAAUAAUGAACAAAUUCAAAAGUCGGACUGUAAGCGAAUGAGACCUACAGGAAAGCAUGGUUGCUAUUAAAACCCUUAAUUAAAUGUAAUCUGUUAGUACCUGAUCUGUUUUAAAUUAUUUCAUUGGUAUAUGUCUGCUAAGGUGUUCAAUUAAAAUUUGUCCGAACCCGUUUUCAUUCAUUUUUCUAUUUUUGAUCUGAGCGCACAUUCGGAAAAAAAGGCGUUUGAUUUUAGUUCAGGAAAUAAAUAAUAGAAAAACAAGUCGUUUCUCUUUAUUUUCUUUUUGGUUUUGAUUUAAAAAAAAAAUGAAGGAAUGAUACACGUGGCCAUUUUUGUAAACUGUUAUUGUAAAAUAAAAGUAGUAUUUGAUAAAAAAAAAAAUUCAAAUUUUUUUUUUUCAAAAUAAUCCGACGGGCCAGAAAAUAUUGCUGGCGGGCCACUUUUGGCCCGCGGGCCGCCUGUUGCCGACCCCUGCUGUAGAGGGUACAGCCAAAGACCUUGAAUUAUCAUAGAAAGGUUGGCCAGAGUUAGUCAGGUAAGUCAGCCAUAUAUUAAGCAGUGUUGCUUUGUGUACUCAACAAUACCUGUAUACUGACUGCAGCUAUCAUCUCGACAUGAGCCCAGCAAGCUAUGUGUUUAAAUUCCUUCUUAAUUCAGAAAUGGAAAUGCACUGUGGGCGUAUGGUCUCCACCGAUUUUUGUAAAUUUUAUGAAGGGACUGGAAUUUUGUUUCUUUUCCUGUAUAUGGCAUUAACAUGAUUGAAUAACAGUUUUACGUCCUGGAUUGCUAAACACAGGAAAAAGGUUUACUCAAAGACCUCAGUUUCCCAUCUCAUUCAGAGAAACUAACAGAUGCCCUUCUUUUUCCUCCCACUUUAAUUUUACUAUUUAUUGUGUAGCAUGUUGCUGAGGCAUUGCUCCCUGUACACACUGAAUGUAGUAUGCUCUAUGUUAUUACAUUGAAGGGAUAUCAAAUAAAACUGAACUAUAUAAACAUUUUCCUUCUCAUUGUGAUAUUUCUUUUGCUUUACCAUGUUAUUUGUACCCUAAAUUUACAUUUGAAAAUCUUUCCAGGAAAAACAAUGUGUGCUUUUCUGUUGUUAUAAUGUAGUUUGUUUUAUUUUAUGUAAUACACAUGAUGAACUUGAUAAGCCCGUCAUAUAUAGUAACAUUUCAUAAUUAUACAAAGGAAGCAGCUAAAAUCCCAUUGUUUAAGCCUUGGCAGAAAAAGGUGAGCACUGCGGACUGGUUUUGGAAGGGAGUCAGAAUCCAGAUUGGACAAAAUGCAUAAUACUACAAUUAAUGAGUACCUAUAAAUUGUCUAAUUAUACGACUUAAUCGCAAACACCGGAAGUAGCUAACCGCGGCCAUCUUGUUGACAUGACAUCUGUCCUGCCCCUAGCCGCACGUAGAUUUGAGUUGAGGGGAGCAGUAGCUUCAUAUAUACAUACAUAUAUAUACACAUAUAUACACAUAUAUAUACACACAUA